AUGUCGACACCUAGCCCGCCUCGAAAUCGGCGAGGGUUUAAAGUGGCAGUUAUAUGCGCCUUGCCAUUGGAAGCUGAAAGUGUACGAUCCGUGUUCGAUAUAUGUUGGGAGGACGAAGACAAACAAUAUGGCAAAAGAGAAGGAGAUUCAAACACAUACACGACUGGGGUGAUCGGGAAGCAUAAUGUGGUUCUGGCUUAUAUGCCAGGCACGGGCAACAUCAACGCCUCGGCUGUAGCCGCGGGUCUACGGUCGAGUUUUCCCGGUGUUCAGCUUGCGUUGGUGGUGGGUAUUUGUGGCGUUGUACCCAUUCACCCCAAGACACAGGAAGAGAUUGUCUUAGGGGACAUUGUCAUCAGCACGGCUAUGAUUCAGUAUGACUUUGGCAGACAAUACCCCACCGGAUUCCAGAGAAUGAGGGAGAUUGAAGAUAGCCUGGGGAGAGCGAGCCCAGAGAUCCGAUCAUUUCUCAACAUGUUGCAGGUGCGCCAAAAUCGCCAGAGGUUGACCAGGCAUCUCGUCCAGCUUCUGCAAUCGGAGAAUUUCCAGAGAGAGGUCCCUGCUGCCAAGUAUCCUGGUGCGAUUCGAGACCGGCUUUACGAUGCCUCUUACGUUCAUCAACACCGUCCUCGUGUGAGUUGCGACAAGUGCCAUGACAACCUCGAGACGUGCCCGAAGAGCUGCGAUGAAGUCGGGUGCGAAGAAGAAAACCUCAUCUUUCGCAAUCGGCAUAGCUUCCCUAAGACGGAAAGCCUAGCAGUGCACCCAGAUGAUGCGCCCUUCGUCCACUUUGGGCGAUUUGCGUCCGCGAAUACGGUGAUGAAAUCCGGUUGCGAUCGCGAUCGGGUGGCACAACUGGAUGAAUUGAUUGCAUUUGAAAUGGAAGGCGCCGGGGUGUGGGAUCAACAUCCCACUAUCGUGAUCAAGGCAGCCUGUGAUUAUGCCGAUAGUCAUAAAAAUGAUGAUUGGCAAGCUUACGCUGCGGCAACAGCUGCGGCUUGUUUAAAAGGAUUCUUGCAGCAGUGGAUUAUACCAGAUCAGUCGGAAGACGGCGAUGAAUUGCCCAGCACGAUAUGGCACGUGCCCUUUGACCGAUUGUCGGGAUUUGUUGGCCGCACAGAAGAGCUUGAUCGUCUCAAACGGCAGAUAUUCGAAACCAACAGUCGACGAGUCGUGUCUAUUCUGGGCUUAGGAGGCAUUGGCAAAAGUCGUCUCGCACUGGAGUUUGUCUACUGCAUCAAGUCGGACCACCCAGCACAUUCGAUUUUUUGGGUGGAUGCCGCCGAGCAGCUUACGUUUGAAAAGGAUGUGCUCGAAAUAGGAAAGAAACUCAGAAUUCCAGGGAUUGAAGACGAGAAAGCAGAUAUUAAGAGCCUCUUCAAGCAGAAGCUAAGUCAGCCGACGGAAAAAUGGCUCUUAGUACUCGACAAUGCCGACGACGAAGCGCUAUGGGGAAGGCAAGCGGAUUCAAGUCUGGAGACAUCGACACUAGUCCAGUACUUACCGACCACGACAAAUGGCUCCAUUAUCAUCACAACCCGCACACCACACGUUGCGAAUUUUCUCGCGGGAAAAGAGGUGAUUGAACUGAGCGAGAUGUCGCCGAACCAAAGCGUCGAAAUGUUCACUAAAGCCCUCAGAAAACCAGAUCUCGCAAUGGAUAAUGCUGCAACGUUGACCUUAGUGGAGAAGCUAGCUUACCUCCCCCUCGCUAUUAUUCAGGCUGCAUCAUUUAUCAACAUGACUCAACGACCCGUGCAGACGUAUCUUAAGCUUCUAGACCAGCCUGAGGAAGAAGUGAUCAAACUUUUAAGCGAAGACUUUGGGGAUCCGACCCGAUAUCCUAAUGCGAAAAACCCGGUUGCAAUGACUUGGCUGGUCUCUUUUGACCACAUCUGCAAGCACCAUCAGCUCGCGGCAACGUUCCUGUCGUCCAUGGCAUGCUUUCAUGAGAAGAACAUUCCACGAUCGCUGCUGCCAGCAGCUAAGUCGGAGUUGGAGACUAUUAAGGCCGUUGCCGUCUUGACUGGAUAUUCGUUUGUUAGAAGACUAACAGAGAGCAACGACAUGACAGAUGGCGAGGAAUUCUAUGACCUUCAUAGGCUGGUGCAGCUGGCUGCUCGGAAAUGGCUGAAGGUAGAAGGUUCGCUCUUUAAUUGGACGAAAGCCUGCCUCAUGCGAGUGGCCGAACUAUUCCCGACGCGUGACCAUAAGCACAAAGGGACCUGGACAAUUUAUCUACCGCACGCUCAGCGACUUUGUGAAGAUAGAGAGGUUCAAGAUCUUCCUGAGCGGUACCGACUACUCGAAAAGAUGGGUCUAUGUUUCGUUGUCGAUGGGAAGUAUAAUGAAGCUGUGAAAGCACAUACCACAGUAGUACAGUGGAGGGAAAAUAGUCUCGAGACUGCAAGAGAACAGAUCCUGGAGGCGUACAAUAACCUUGGAGAGGCAUUCAAUUGGAAGGGUGAUCUCUCUGCCGCGGAGGUUUACCUUCAAAAGGCUCUUAAAGGACAGAAGGAAACUCUUGGUGUGGAGCAUCUCUCGACGCUGACCAGUAUGACUAACCUGGCGUCGACAUACCGGAAUCAAGGUCGAUGGAAAGAGGCGGAAGGGCUGAAUGUGCAGUAUGGCUAA